AUGGCCGACUUGAUGCUCCAGAGCGAGUUCUCCAAGGACCCGAACAAGCCCUUUAGCAGCCGCGUCGACGACAUCUCGGCGUCCUUCGACGCCAUUCUGAAGGAAUGCUCCGAGCUCUUCCUCCUCAUGGAGAAGGCCGACCCGGCGACGCGCGAGGCUGGCGCCGAGGCCAUCAAGAAGAAGAUCGACGCCUUCAACUCGGUUUGCGACGAGCUGUACAAGGAGAUCAUGCGCCGGAAGGAGAAGCUGGUCAACCACAACGAGAAGGGCAUCACGCGGACCAUCGACUUGCAUCGACAGAUCCAAACGGCGGGCAACCUCGCGCAGAUGAUGGGCGAGUUCCGCCACUUCCUGCACACGUCGACGCCACCGCCCCACACGCAGCCGCAGUAA